UACCCGACAGACCCUGGCCACGUAGUAAGUGAUUAUCAUUAGGUGUGAUCCUAUCCCCAGCCUCCUACUCCUCUGGAACUACAAAGAGGGUACAAGAAAAAGGUUUUGAAUGAAAAAAUGAGGGAGGUCUGUAAGGAAGAGGUCACCAGGUUUCCUUCCGUUUUUUGUGUGUCCUUCCCCCACCCCAGGAAAAAGUCUCAGCGCUGGGAUGAAAUGAAUAUCCUGGCCACCUACCACCCUGCUGACAAGGACUACGGAUUUAUGAAGGUGGAUGAGCCCAGCACUCCCUACCACAGGCUGCAGGACAACAAUGAGGACCUGCUUGAGGGUUCCUCCCACACAGUGACUCCAGAGGAGCUAGCAGAGAGACUCCAGUGAUUUUGAGAAGCGCCGCAAGACACACUACAAUGAAGGAAAGUUCCUCAAGACUCAGAAAAACCUGCCCUUGGAUAAUAAGAAGAACAGCAAUGGGGGUAGUGUCAGUAUGGGCAGUGGCAGUCGAGGUGUGAUGCUGAACCCAGAGCCCAGGCCUGUGGAGAGAAGCUGGGCAGGAGGACUGGCCAGAGGAGUCAAAGUUGAGACUGACCUGGUGACCCGGAACCACAUCCUAGAAGCCAAGGGUUAGCUAUGGCGGGG